AUGCGUCAUGCAUUCCUCGCCGAUAUGGGGGUUGUCCAUCUCAAGUGUCCUGGAAUUCCAGCAUUUCCUGUGGACAGUCAUCAACUCUUAUACCUGGUAGAGCACAACCACAUCGAAUACCCAGAGAUAAAAGCAAAAGCCAUCUGGGACAGGAAUAAAGCGGACACUUUCGCCCGCAUCCUUACACUCGUCCAAAUCAUAUGGUUCUUGAUCCAGGCCGUCAGCCGAUGGGUGCAGCAUCUCGCGCUCUCGACUUUCGAGCUCUCAUGUCUAGCUUUCAUUUUCUGCUCCAUCAACACAUUCUUCUUCUUCAGACACAAGCCACGAGAUGUUGAGACACCAUCUCUGUUAGCAUGCAAUACUACCGUUGCGAAGAUUCUCGCCGAAGCAGGUGACCGACCCAAGCCCUAUACACAAACACCUUUAGAUUUCGUAAAGCCUCCCAUCAGUCGAACAAGCCUCAUCGCGCCUUUCUGGUUCGGCGUCCGGAUUUGUUUCAAUUGGGGAAACCAUGCAGACGAGCUACCAAUAAAGGCGUUUGGCAAUAGCACAACCACUCCUCCACGCGGCAUCAGAGUUACAGACAUAGCUUAUGGGAACAUCUUCACCACUGCAUACUUUGGUAUUCAUCUCGCCGGGUGGAAUUUUAGCUUUCCAACUAGGGCGGAGCAGAUCCUUUGGCGCGUCUCGAGCUUGACUCUUUUCGGUCUUCUAAUAUUUCAUCUUUUCGCCGUCGCUUUUGGGACUGUAAUGGCGGCUAGGCUUGCGAGAUGGUUGUUCAACAAUCGCGAUGCGACAACGAUCUUGGGCGUGGCCAGCCUGCUGCCUCGAUGGCUAGCAGUCUUGAUUCACUCGCCAAUUUUUGUGAUCUAUGGCCUAGCACGUGGCUAUAUCAUCGUCGAAGGGUUCUUUGCUCUGAGAGCCCUUCCGCUGUCUGCUUUUGAUAGCUUGAACUGGUCGAAUUUUGUACCGCACCUUUGA